AUGACCACGCCUAUCUUCUUCUCAAAACCGCCAUUAAUCUCUCACCAGAGCUCUCAAUUCCUCACCAUUUCCACUCCAAAUCUCCCCUCUUUCCUCAUUUCUCGUCCAUCGAUCAAUUUUCAGAGGAAAAAUGCAACCUCAGAUUCCACCACAAUCAUAGACACUCCCUCCGUAUCUUUAUACUCCGAAGACGACGAUAAAGCAGCGGUUGAGGCCAAAAUUGGGUCUAGGGUUAGGGUUAAAGUGCCAUUAAAGGUGUAUCAUGUGCCCAAAGUUCCUGAAUUUGAGCUGACUGGAAUGAUUGGGGUGUUGAAACAAUAUGUUGGGGUUUGGAAGGGGAAGAGAAUUUCAGCGAAUUUUCCGUAUAAGAUUGAGUUUGUGACGGAGAUUGAAGGGCGUAAAGGUCCGGUCAAGUUCUUCGCGCAUCUGAGAGAAGAUGAGUUCGAUGGAGGUUCCACAAGUCAAUAUGUGAGGAAAGCUGAACCAGCCAUUGACAUUCCACUUGAGCACUUCCCUCAACCUUCUGGCUAUAAUGCCCCUGAGCAGGUUCACAUAACGCAAGGAGAUCAUGUAGGUCGGGGUGUGAUCAUAUCAUGGGUGACGCCAUUAGAGAGACACCCCAAUGUAGUGACCUAUUGGGAAGAUGGCAAACAAGAUGAAAAGCACAAGAUUCAUUCUAUAACCACUUUUUACAGAUACUACAAUUAUUCCUCUGGCUAUAUUCACCAUGCCACUAUCAAAAAAGUAAAUGAAGAAUAUACUCCUUUCAAGCCAUAUAUGCAUAGGUACCAUGUACCCUACAGGGCAUCUCAGAGUACAUCCCCCCUUUGGUAUUCUAUUAAGCGUGCAUCGGCAUAUAUCAUUGUGUUAUCUUCUUACUCUGCCUAUGGUAAAUAUACUCCACAAUACAAAUGGCUUAAGCAAGAGCUCUCCAAGGUUAACAGGGCCGAGACACCAUGGCUAAAUUAUUCUCGUUCACUCUCCGUGGUAUAACAGUAACAACUACCAUUUUAUGGAAGGAGAAAGCAAGAGGGUAAUGUAUGACCCUUGGUUGGUUCAGAACAAAGUUGAUCUGGUAUUAGCAGGCCAUGUUCAUUCCUACGAGCGUUCCGUGGUGAUUUCAUUGAGGUUGAGAAAGAGUGUUUUGAAUUGAAUUUUGAAAAUCAAGGUGAGGACCAGGAGGAGGAGUAACUCCUCGGAUAGAUAAGGGAUUAGAAGAAUCGAAGAUUUAUUUUAUUGUAGGUAUUCAAGAAUAAAUAUUUUUAUAGUUUUGAGACAAAUAUUCGAUUGUUUUGAGAACAAUAUUAUUUUUGCUUAGAGUAGUGAACUUUAUGGAUUAAUUAUUGUUUUACAUAAGUUUAGUAAUAAUGUCGGUGAUGUUAGUUUAUUUCUCUGGUAUUCAUUAGGUCAGUGAAAAGGAUCACUUUAUUAUUUGUCUUCCG